AUGGCUAUUGAUACGAGUCUUUCGUUCGCUUCUCCAUUUCUAAGUAUCGACCUUUGUCUCAGCAUUCUCCUAUUCAGCUCCCUUUUCGUUUUCUGGUUAACUCCAGGUGGCUUUGCUUGGGCACUCUACAAAGCUCGUUCCCACACCAGACCAGAAUCCAAAACCCUACCCGCCAUUCCUGGCCCGUCUGGUCUCCCCAUCAUCGGCCUCCUCUUGGCCUUCGUUAACAACGCCUUGACACACAGAAUCCUCGCCAAUAUCGCUAACUCUUGCAAAGCAAAAGCUCUCAUGGCGUUCUCGGUCGGGUCUACCCGGUUUGUGAUAACUAGCGAACCGGGGACGGCCAAAGAGAUCUUAAACAGCUCGGCUUUCGCGGACCGGCCUGUGAAAGAGUCGGCUUACGAGCUGCUUUUUCAUAGAGCUAUGGGGUUUGCUCCCUUUGGUGAUUAUUGGAGAGAGCUGAGGAGAAUCUCUUCUACUCAUCUCUUUAGUCCUAAGAGGAUCUCCUCUUUCGGAGAGUCUCGUCGAAUAAUCGGGGAAAACAUGGUAGGAGAGAUCAAGAACGCAAUGGCAAGUUAUGGAGAGGUGCAUAUCAAAAGAAUCUUGCAUUUUGGAUCACUCAACAAUGUUAUGUCUAGCGUUUUCGGCAAAACAUAUGACUUCAACGAUGGUAGUAUCGUUAACUCGAAGUUGGAGCAUUUGGUGUCCGAAGGCUAUGAGCUUCUUGGAAUAUUCAACUGGAGUGAUCAUUUCCCGGGAAUGAGGUGGUUAGAUUUACAAGGCGUAAGGAGAAGAUGCCGUAGCUUGGUUGGUAAGGUGAAUGUGUUUGUCGGAAAUAUUAUCGAGGAGCACAAAUCAAAGAGGUCUCUUCGUGAUAAUAAAGAAGAAGAGGGCACUAAUGAUGAUGACUUUGUUGAUGUCUUGCUUGGUAUGCAAGGCAACAUCAAACUUUCAGACUCUGACAUGAUUGCCGUCCUUUGGGAAAUGAUUUUUAGGGGAACAGACACCGUGGCGAUUCUAUUGGAAUGGAUCCUUGCGAGGAUGAUUCUUCACCCUGACAUUCAAGCCAAGGCGCAGGCCGAGAUCGAUGCCAUCGAGGGUGAAAUGGGACGCCAAGUCUCAGACUCAGACCUCUCCAAGCUUCCAUACAUUCGUGCCAUCGUCAAGGAAACCCUAAGGAUGCACCCACCUGGUCCUCUCCUCUCAUGGGCUCGUCUCUCUAUUCACGACACUCAAAUUGGGACCCACUUUAUCCCCGCUGGGACCACUGCCAUGGUUAACAUGUGGGCGAUAACCCAUGAUGAAAAGGUCUGGCCGGAGGCUCACGAGUAUAAGCCAGAGAGGUUUCUUGGUUCACAAGAAAGUGAUAACUUUCCCAUUAUGGGAUCUGAUUUGAGGCUUGCUCCCUUUGGUGCUGGACGUAGGGUCUGUCCUGGUAAGUCUAUGGGUAUAGCUACUGUGGAGUUAUGGCUGGCUCAGUUGCUAGGUAGCUUCAAGUGGGUUCCCUGUGGUGAAGUAGAUUUGAGCGAGACUUUGAAGCUCUCACUGGAGAUGAAGAACUCUCUUGUUUGUAAGGCAAUUCCUAGGGUUUAA